UUCCCAGCCAACUGGAACGCAGCAGUUACCAGUUUGCCCCUUGCCCCUUCGUGUACUCUCGCGAGAUUCCACGAGCUCCACUGUCUUGUGGUCCAGCAUGGCAGCGCUGUGUGAGGGAUACACGUUGUGCGUAUUUGUUCCAGCUGCAAAUCGGCGAAGCUCUGAAAUUAAGGGCAUCGAAGAGGAGCGGGACAGCGACCAUGUGAUCGUCACUGACUCCAGCAGAUCUGUGACUCUGUACAAGGUGUCAGACCAGAAGCCAUUGGGCAGCUGGACAGUGAAACAGGGUCAACUUCUGACCUGCGCAGCGGUCUUCAACAAGCAGACCAAUGAGUAUGUGGCAGUCUCAGACAACAAGGUGAUAAGAAUCUGGAAAGAAGACGACAUCAUUUUAGACAAGGCAUUCAAAGCAACAGUGUCGGCAGAUGUCUGGUCGGUGCACUGUGCACACAGAGCCGAGCCUGCCGUCUUGUUUCAGAGAGGAGCUGUGAGACUUCUGGACUCCCUGCUUUCUGCUCCCCAGCAGCCUAUAGAGGACGUCCUGGUUCAGGACGAAGCCAUCAGGUGGAGCACCAGCAUAGUGACAGAAACACAACAGCUGGUCAUCUUCACAACUGAACUGAAAGGAGAUCAUUUCCUCUACCUGCAGAGGCUGAAGCCCAACUCGGUUCAGAAGUACCGGCUGGAGCCGGAGGAGCCCGGCCUCUCUCCGCUCAGCUUCUGGGCCUCCUACAGGGAUAAAAACAUCUGCCUGCUUUAUCUCUACCCUAACGGCCAUGUGUACCAGAGUUUGGUGUCUGUUCGGGCCCCAGUGGCCGAUGAUGGAGCUCAGGUUGUUCCACUGCCUCGUGAUCAGCUGUUGAGUCUCCCUGUGGGGGAGGAGCUGCUGGAAGCCGCGUCAGCCAUAUUCCUGGAUGACGCCCACGUAGCUGUGGUCGGGGUUCCGCACCCUUCUGCUGGGCCCGGAAAAGACUUUCUCUGCAUCUGGAACACAAAUUUUCAGACUCUUCAGGCUGCGAAAGAGAUGGCGGGUAAACUCUACGGACAGCUUUGGAGUUUCUCGAGCAAGCUGUUUAUUCCCCAUGGCAAAGCCCUCUCUGUCAUACCGUUUUCCUGUCCCAGAUCCUCGCUGGCCUCGGCUCUGGGGAAACUAAAGCAGGUCAAGACUGAGGAGUCCAAGACUUCAACUGUGGUAUCGUCCUGGAAUACCAUCUUACAUGGAGAAGAAGCUGCUGCUCCUAAACCAGUGGAGUCCAGGAAGACAAGAACAACUCGUAAGACGCAGUCAAGCCUCAGUUUAACAAUUGAUCAAGUCCAAGACCUAAUUAAGACGGCACCAGUAGAAGAGGUGGAAAAAGAGGUCCAGGGACUUCUGUCCAGGCAGGACCCCAAGGACCCGCAGCCUUCGUUGGGACAGCUGGCGAUGGCACUUGUGUCCCGGAGCCUGGCGGAUCCAAAGUUUUACUCUUCCAGAGCUCUGACACAGCUUGUGCCCACCCGGUACCUCUCCCACAGCGUCUGUCCUGACCUCCUGCCUCUUGCCCUUGAGAAGAGGGAUUAUUUUCUCUGCCAGCUCUGCUUACUCUUCUUCCAUGACAUCCCAGAAGCCGUGACCUGCGCCUGCCUCAAGGCAUUCAUCAGUUUAUCAGACGCCGACGCGGAGAAGUUGAGCCUGGAGCCUGACAGCGUCUCUUUCAUGGAAAUGCUGCUGUCAAACGAGCGUGGUCAGACCGGCCUGCAGAACGGUUUCAGCCCUGCCUUCUGCCAGGAGGACCGCACAGACGCCGUCGACGACCCCAAGGCCAAAGCAAAAGAAAAAAAGAAAGCGUCGCCACAACAGACGUGUCCAGUAGGAAAACACAAAGCUGCUCUGAUAAACGAGAUUCUGCAGACGGCGUACAGUGAAGCUUUGCUCCUCCCACAUCUAAAGGAUUUUUCCUCUGAUCAAGUUGUUCUUUUCCUCCGGUACCUGGAGUUUCUUUACCUGCGAUAUUCCACAGAUGGUUCCUCACAAACACACGGCUACAGAUCACCCAGUUUGAAUCAGGUCAUGGAUUGGGUUUGCAUGCUGUUGGACGCCCACUUCACUGUGUUGGUAAUGUCUCCAGUGGCCAAAGGCUUGCUGUUGAACCUCCAGCCUUUUGUUAAAUCUCAGGUAAGACUGUUUUCUGAGCUCGGGAAGAUCGAGGGCAGCCUCCAGGAGCUCAGUAAGAUGAAGAUGAAGAAAGACGUGGGGCAAUACUCUAUUGAAGUCAUUGAGCUGUACUAGAGGGCGUGGCUUUAUAAAACACCUACUGUUGCUGCAGUUUGUCUUUAAAUGGGCUUUUUUUUGCCUCAGAUGCUUCCAGUCAUUUAGGUUUUACUGUGAAAGAAAAGAAAAUGUACGUCUGGUAUAAUUAUUUCAUUAGCUGAAAACUUAUUUUGUACAUUUAUUUUAGAUGGUGGGAUUGUGACUAUUCUGGAUUUGCAUGUUUAAUUCAAAGUCGUACAUCUGAUGGUUUUAUAGACAAGUGGAGGGAAAGUCUCUUCAUGGAACAUUAUGGUUAAGUUUUUAUAUUAUAUAUAUAUUAGUGGAACUUUAAUAAUGCCCACGAAAUUCAGUAUUUUUGCUUUCUUUGAGUGUCAUAAUACAGCUAACAUUUUUUUUGUAAAUCUAUUGUUUUUGUAUUUUACACAUUUUAAAAAAAAAGCCUUGAUUCUAAAUAUCUAUGAAAAAUGGA